UCCCAAAAUAAUCAAUUCAAUCAUGAAACUUCACAGACAAAGCUUUGUUCAAAGACAAAGUGAUCCUCAAUGGACUAAUCCUUCAAUGUUUAAACACUCUUCUUCUUCUUUCUUCUUCUUCUUCUCCGGUGAUUGGUUUUCGAUUGACGGAAUUGAUGAAAAGGAACCAAGAGUUGAAUUAUAAUUUGGAGAUGAAAGCUAAAGAGUUGGAAGAACAUUAUGCUGCUUAUAAACUCAAGGUUGAUCAUGGAGUUAAGAAUGUUGUGGAGAAAAGAGUAGUUGAAGUUCAUAAAGAGAGGUUGAGUUUGAGCAAUGGUGAUGGUGAGUUUAUUAGAGGGAUGUUUUUAUAGAAGAUACAUGGAGAAAAGAGAAGCAAAAUUGAGAGAGGAGUGGAGAUCAAAACACCGGGCGAAGACUGAAGAAAAGAUGAUUGCGAUGAGAGUGAGUUUGGAUCAAAUUCAUGCUGAAUUGAAGGCGAAGAAAGCCGAAUUCGAUAGAGUGAAAGUUGUUCUUAAUCAAAUUGAAUCUAAUGAUAAACGGGCGGCAAUUCCUCGUGCGCAACCGAAAAUUUUAAGUACAAGUAGGAGGAGCACUGAAAGUAUAAAGCUACCGAAAUCAAUACCAAAGAGUACCGAUACGGAGCCAAAGCCAUUGCUAAAGAAAGGUAGAAGUAUAGGUCCCGGUCUCGGUUUUGGUUUAUCUAAAACCAAAUACAGCUCUGCGUCGAAGAAUUAUACUCGAUCAUCAGAUAUCAAUCUGUUUUCUACCAGUCAAACAUCAGAAACGAAGAUCAAACAGACUGUUAUUAGUACUACUCUUCCAAGCAAAGGAUUCAAGAGGUUCUUAAGUUUUGGGAAGAAAAGCAAUGGAAAGAGUAGUACCAAUUCAAGUGAAUGUUCAUCCCCUAAAGAUGUUCUUGAGUAUGAUUAUAAUCACAAUAUUGUAAGCCAAUCAUCGGAAUGUCUUCGAAAGUCUAACUUGAGCUAUUCGAAAUCAUCGAUCAAUGAUGAAGAUAUGAAAUUAAAGAAGGAGAUUUUACCAGGAAGUCCACUCAAAGGAGCUCUGUCUUUUUUCUCACUCAAUUCAUUCAAGAACAGGGGAAGUGAUUUGAAAGAUAGAAUGUGAGAGCUGUCUAGUGAUUUGAUUGAUCAACUGUUUCAAUGCUUUUGUUGAACUUUUAGACAUUAUUGAGUGCAUUUGGAUUGAAUUAUGUUAUAUGAAUUGAAAAAAAAAAUGAUAAAAAAAAACAGAUGAACUGUUUUUCUCAACAAUUAAAGUGACACACCAACCUUGGAAGUUGAAUUCUCAACACACUCCUCUCUGUCCUCCACGUGUUCAUACCCCUCAAAACUUCAUGGGCAUUUCAGGAACACAAGUCCAUUUUGGGAAACUUGCUUCCUAUUCUUGGAAGGCAAGGUUUGCUGGUAGCUCCAUCCAAGAACAAAAUUAGCAUGAAUUGAAAACUUAGCAUCAAAACAAUUCCAUCACUUUGUGUUCUUCUUCUUCUUCUUCUUCUUCUCAAGGUAUUAUUCAUUCUCUUUAAUUCUAGUGUUUUCAUAGAUUUAGUUAUUGCAUUUUGUUUGCUGAAUUGUGUUGAGUUCAUGUAAAUCUAUUUAUGUUUAUGUGUUGAAGAGAUUCAUUGAUUCAUGUUUUGAUUUCAUAAUGUGCAAUGUGUGGUACAUCAGAGUGAUCUUUAUAAGAGAGUAAAUCGAAAAGAAAUACGAAAAAAAUGGCUUCUUUAACACCAGGCGUACUACUAAAACUACUCCAGAACAUGCACUCUGAUGUCAAAGUAUGCGGAGAAUAUCGAUCUGUUCUUCUUCAAGUUAUAAGCAUUGUACCCGCAUUAACGGGUUCGGAAUUAUGGCCGAACCAUGGUUUUUUCGUUAAGGUUUCCGAUUCUUCGCGUUCGACUUACGUCUCUCUAUCUAAAGAUGACAAUGAACUCAUUUUAGCAAACAAACUGCAACUAGGACAGUUCAUUUAUGUAGAUAGAGUUGAGGCCGGAACUCCGGUUCCUAUUCUUAUCGGUGUGAGGCCAGUUCCCGGGAGAAAUCCAUUUAUUGGUACCCCGAAAGAUCUAAUGCAUAUGGUGGUACCUUCGGAGAUUCCAAAGCCGAAUGAAUCUUUGGAAGAGAACCCGAAGAAAAGAGUGUUCAUAAAAGAAGAGAAGGUCGGAGUUGCUUCAAGGUAUAUGCAAGGCCUUUCGGCUAGUAAUACUAAUACUAAUACUAACAGUAAUGGUGAUAAGAAGACAAAUGGAGCGGAUAAUGCAAUUGAAUUACCGAAGAAAGUCACUUCUUCCAAGGGAACAGAAGAGCUGAAAUCUUCGGUACAGUCUGUGAAUCCUUCUCGCAAUCAGAACAAUGCUUCUUUGGUGACAUCAAGGAUUUCUAGUGCUAAAAAGGAAUCGAUAACAAAACCAAAGAUUUCACCAAUGAGUGGUGGUAAAAGGUUGGUUUUUGAUAAUGUCAUUUGGGACUCACUCCCUCCCACCCUUGUCAAACCAGGGAAGGGAGUAGUGAAAAGAAAAAACAUUGCUUUUUUAGUUGCUGCUGAAGCUCAAAGAGAAGCAUCUGCUGCUUCUGCUCUCGUAAAAGCUCUCGGCAUAUUUGCCAAUCUUUGCUCUUCGGCAACCGAGGAUAGUCCUCAUCUUGCCCUCUCUAAGUUCUUUCAACUUCAGCGUCUAAUUGAUCAGCCUAAUGCUAACACACUCAAAGAGAUGUCUCAAAUUCAGAAACCUGAAUUUCUUGAUGGAGAUAAAUCUAGCAAAAAGAUUUCAGUGUCGAACACUAGAAUUUCAUCGAAUACGUCUAAAGUUUCAUCAAUGUCUCAGACGAAUGAGAAGUUAGAGUGGGCAAGAGGAGAUGGCAUGAAAGAGAUCAAAGAAAUGAGAGACAUACUUCUGAAGGAAUCACAAUCUUGGUUCUUAAAAUUCUUGGAAGGUGCUCUCGAUUCCGGCUUUCAAUCAGACAGUGCUCGUAUGAAAAAGAACGGUAAAGAUAGAAUUGGAGGGCAUUCAAAAGAUUCCGAUGAGCAACUCGCAAUGACAUUAAUUCAACUCAAGCAUGCAAAUGAUUGGUUAGAUCAGCUAAAAACUGAUGCAAGCUCUGAAAAUGAUCAAAUGCAAGAGACAAUUAAUCGGUUAAAGCGAAAGAUAUAUGAUUGCUUACUUCGUCAUGUUGAUUCUGCUGCAACAGCUCUAGAAAGUCGAACAGGUUCCACUUGAUUUGUAUAUAGCUUGCUGCAUUCAAAUACAAUGAAAUGUUUCAGAAACUACUUACCUUGAUAAAUAAUAAAUGCUUCAUAAGUACAUGAAUGAAUGGUCGGGACGAGCAUCCAAACUGGAGAGGGAGAGCACGCGUCUAGCAAACAUCAUUAAUUAUCAUCGGAUGAUUACCGGACACGUGCCCUGCUUCUCCAGCAUGGUUUGCUCAUCCCUCUCCUUUUCUCGUCGUUGACACUGAUACAUGUUCUUCGGAUCAGGAUUAGAGAUAAUUUAUAGAAAUCCAUGGCAUG